CAGCCGGCGGGCGCCUGGUGAGAGAAAGCUGACGCCUGGCGCUCCUGGCAGAUGACAGUGGGCCUGGCCCGGCCGGAUUGUCCUCGUCAGGCAGCUGGCCCUCAGCACAGGCUGGUGGCAGGUGGCAGCCAGGAAUAUUCCACCCCGGCUCCCGGAGGCACCCACCACCACCUGCGCCACGCACAGGACACAUAUGCCCCAACCUGGGACGUGCGCCACAGAGCAAGGCUAUAGCUGCCCCCCUGGAAGGGGCUGGGGGCAGACGCCGGGGACGCCUGGAGGGACCGUCCGUGUGCCGGAUAGCGACAAGCCUCAGCACAGGCAGCUCUCGACGGAUCGAUGCAAGCCAAACGAUGACCAGUUGUGGCCAGCAGCCCUUGAACGUGCUUGCAGUCCUCUCGUUGCUGAUUUCUGCAGUCUUGUCCGCGCAUUUCCGGGUCUGUGAGCCGUACACGGACCCCAAAGGCCGCUACCACUUCGGCUUCCACUGUCCCCGGCUCUCGGACAACAAAACCUUCAUCCUCUGCUGUCACCAUAACAACACGGUCUUCAAAUACUGCUGCAACGAGACAGAGUUCCAGGCGGUGAUGCAGGCGAACCUCACGGCCGGCUCCGAGGGCUACAUGCACAACAACUACACCGCCUUGCUGGGAGUGUGGAUCUACGGCUUUUUCGUGCUGAUGCUGCUGGUUCUGGAUCUUUUGUAUUACUCGGCCAUGAACUACGACAUUUGCAAGGUCUACCUGGCACGGUGGGGUAUCCAUGGACGGUGGAUGAAACAGGACCCCCGGCGAUGGGGGAACCCGGCCCGGGCCCCUCGGCCAGGACAGCCGGCCCCGCAGCCCCAACCUCCUCCAGGCCCCCUGCCGCAAGCGCCCCAGGCCGUGCACACGCUCCAGAGAGACAGCCACAGCCCACCGCUGAUGGCCUUCCAGAGUUCCUCUGCCUGAAACCCCUUUUGCCGUGCCUCAGGAGGGGGAGGCGAGACCCGGAGCACCUGGCUCAGCCUCCAAGAACAACUUCAACAAGACGCCAAGGAGAGCCGAGGCGGCCGCGGCGGUGGCAGUGGCAGAGGAAGAAGUGCUGCCGGUGCCCAAACCCCCUUCCGUGGACGUCUAAGACCAGGAGCAAACUCAGGGGUGGGGGGCCGGGGGUGCAGGGAGGGGUUUCUGAGCCACCCGUCCGCAAGCAAUAGUCCCAUUUUGGGCUGGUGGCUUCCGAAAGGUGGCCCCAUUGUGGACUCAGGAUGACUGACACAGCUGCUCUGGCCGAGUCAGGCCAGAAGGAUUUUGGCCUUUGCUGUACCCAUGGUUCCCUAGCCUCCGCCCCCUCCAGUAGUGGCCCGAGGGCCUAUCCGUGUCAGAAUAUUGAAUGUGAGUGUGUGUGUGUGUGUGUGUGUGCACCACACAUGUGUGUGUGUGUGUGUGUGUGUGUGUACGAUUUGGGGUGUCCUUUCUGUUUGAUUGAUUGGUUUUUAUUGGGGUCCCCUCAAGUUUUCUGAUGGGCAUGGGUCGCCUUGCGGUGGGGGUCCUGGCCGGUGUCUGGGCUCCAGCUCCUUGCUGCAGCUGUGAGCCAGAUAGAGUGGCAAGCUUGGGGCAUGGCCCCAUCCUGUCUCAGGGGGUGCUGGGGAUUUGAACAUGCCAGUGGGAGUUCAUUCUUACGGAAUUUGUUCCCAUAAUGACGGUGAUAAUGGGAGACUCGUCUCAGGCCGUCUGCCUCUACAGGGCAGGCUCCAGGUUGAGUAUCUUCACACACACCCUCUCUCGCCACCUGGGAAGUGGGUGGGAUGAACUCCCUACAGAGACAGCCCGGGUCUCACAGCCGGGAGGAGACCCGGCCCUCCGUUUGACCUCAGAGGUGUUAGAACCCAAAGUUCAAGCUCCCCAACCCAGGGUACCCCAAGGACCCUUCCUGGAGGAUCUUCCCAGUGGCUUCUCAUUGGAUGGGCCAUCGCCCCACACUCUCCACCACCGCUGCCCUGGGACCCUCAGACACAUGGCAUGUUCUGAUUAAGCACCUACUGUGUGCAAGGCCCCUACCUGGCAGUGACGGGGAUGAGAGAUGGUCAGGCAGGCCCUGUCUCGGCCUCGGUGGGAGAGACAGACACACAGAUCUUUGCUGGACAGAGUGAUGAGCACUAUGGAAAGGCAGAGGGGAAGGUUCUAGAAGGCCUUCCCAGUUAAGGCGGGACUUCCACAUAAACCUGGAGGCCCAUAACAUCCAUCCGCAGAGCUCAUGGCCACCACCUCCCACCUCGCUGCCCCAGGACACGCAGAAGGGAAGUGAUCACAUAAAUCCCUGAGGGCUAAGCUGGCGGUGUAGACCCCUGAAUUCUGCUGGUGUCAGUGAUGCCAAAAUGGAGCUCCACGGGCCCUGCUCCCUAAACUGUGUCGCCUCGGUUUGAGGAUGGUCACUUAGCCACAGCCAGCCAGACCAUCUGCCCAUCAGACACGCACUGAGCAGGCAGGUCCUUGCUCACGGUGCUGGUGUCCUAGCUGGGGGAGAGGACGGGGAAGGGCAAGGCGGCGAACAAGGAACAUAGCAAUAGCAGGGAACCCUAAGCUGAGAAUUCGGUCAGAGCGAUGUUCAUGACGGUCCUGCUGGGGCUGGGGUGGUCUGGGAAGGCCUUUCUGAGCAGGUUAAGCCCACAUCUAGAUGGUGAGUAAGAGCCAGCCACGCGCAUUAGAGAUAGGAGAGUGUUCCAGGCAGCGGGAACAGCUAGUGCAAAGGCCCUGAGGCAGCACCAGGCUUGACUGUUUCAAGGAACCCAAAGAAUUCCAGGUUGGCUGGGAUGCAGAUGAAGGGCAGAAAGAGAGGAGAAUGAGAGCCCAGAUGCUGUGGUUUGCUAUGAGUCACCAGAGGCUGGACAGACAUGAUGCGUAGCCAUUGAUAGAGCAGAAAGAAAUUUCCAGAGCGUCAAGCAUUUUCCAUCCAGCCUGGCUCUUCGUCCUCUCAGAGCCCCAUAAAGAAGGGACUCUCCCCAUUUCACAGACUAGGACACUGAGGCUCAGAUGCAUCAAGUGGCUUAACCAAGGGGCGCAUGGAAGACCCAGGCCCAUGCUUCAGUCCCUUCACCUCCAGGCAGUGCUGCCAGGGCCCAGGUAUACAGCCUGGCAGAGGCAAAGCCAGAGGAAUUUUGCUUGGGGUCUUGAGAUAGGCACAACUUUCUUUCCCCCAGCUGCUGAGUCGUCAGAACCUGCCCCAGGGCCUUGUCCAUGCAGAGCAGCAGUUGCCAUGGAGGGGUACUCAGCAGCUGUUAGCUCAGCUGGAUCAGCCCAUACCUGCGCCCCAUGUGCAGAGCCUCUGGAGUCAGAGGGACCUGAGCCUUGAGGACAGGCGUUUGGGCACAGACCCAGAUUCCAACAUCAGCUCUGCACUGAGAGCAUCAGGCAAGUCCUGCGCCUUCUCAGCCCUCGGUUGCCCCACAUCACUAAAAGGAAGGGGUCAGACCAGGUAUUUGGGGGCCUUACAUCCCUGACUUCCUGCAGUUCUGGGUGGCGCUUGUGCAGCUGCUCACACAAAGGCGCUUACUCUGGUGAGGAGCAGCUGGUGGCCUUGCCUCCCUGGCCCGAACACUGGAGCCAGAGGUCACUGUCACAGAGACCAGUAAGGGCUAGGAUCCCCCAGUUUGCAUCCCUGAGCUCGAGAGCUUGCAAGACGCUGCUCCGGGCCCUACCAGAGGUCUUUCUGGGGGUGACUGAUGCGUCCAUGGAGGUUGCCUGUGGCAGCCAGGCUGGGGAUCUGAACAUUCCGCUCUAAGCCGCCAGCCUCUCAUCACGUAGCUCAGCAGACACCACAGGCAGGGGCAGCCUGGGGUACAGGGGACAGAGUGCAGGGAGCCACAGCGCUGCUGAUUCCCGGCUGGGUGGUCUUGGGCAAAUGGCUUCACAUCCCUGAGCCUCACCUGUCCGGUGUGCGAGGCGGGGGCAGGGGAGGGAGGGAGCAAUAUUUGCCACCCCUCUGAAGUGGUCGCGAGUGUGAGAGCGAUGCAUCUGGAAGGCACAUGGGUGCCGUUCAGUUCCUCCCAGUGCCAACGAGACACAGGCCAUCCCAGCAAAAAUUCUGCCCCAUCCCACCGUGGCAGGCAGCCAUGCCAACGAGCAGAGUGUCCUUGACAAUAAGAUGCAGGGUAGUGACAAGUUCAAGUAGAGAUUUUUUGAGUUAGUGUUUUUAGGGACUCCAGACCUGGUUCUUCAAGCUGCCUACUUUUAUUUUUUACUGUGAGCUCUGGAUACGUCCACGUAAUUCGUUAAAAAAAAGAAAAAAAGAAAAAAAAAAAGAAAAGAACAACAGUAGGAAAAGAAAAAGAGAAGAUGGCAGUAUAUCCACCAAGAAACUUGACUUCCACUUUGGUUCGUGUCACUCACUGCCCGUGUUUGUAAGGACUUCUUCCCACUGGGAACUGCGUGUUAUAAUGAGCAGUUUUAUGCUUUCCUUCUUGUUUGCGUACAGUGUGGUUGUGUGUUUUGGCAUCUCUACGCAGAACCGAUACCCGCUAGCACCCAUGGGCCUCUCUCUGCCCUCACCCGAACCUCUGGGACUCCCCCUGCCGCUCGAGGAGCAGCCUGCGAGGGCAGAAGGGCCCCGGGGCCGCCAGCUGCCAGUCAGACCUCUGAGCUGACCAGGGCCAAGAGGAAACAGGCCUUAAGUGCAAACACGGCACACGCACGCACGUCCACAAAUGCACACACGUGGUUCUGCAGGUAGAUCCCGCCUCUCUGAUGAGCCAGUGUCUGAGGCUUUAGAAAAAGAGCAGGCAGCCAGCCGGGGGCCCUGGGCUGGUGGCGCUUUCCCUGUCUCUCCAGCAAAGCCUUUAAGCAAAUUCAGCCCCAAGGCUGGAAGAAAGGACUUGGGGGAAUCCUGGAAAAUAUGGCCGGAAUAGGGGUGAACAGGCUUCUUCUGCCAAGAGACUUUCCCGGCUCACCGUCUAAUCAGAAGCUCCCCUUAGGUCGUUCCAGGCACAUGGAGACUGGGUGUGGCCCAAUCAGUGUCUCCCAGCCCAGGUCCUGUCCUCUGGCUCUGCUGAUACUCCAUUCACUGUGUCUCCUCGAAGUUCCCAGAACCACAGACUUUAAAAAGAUUGUUUCGUGGUUUGUUUUAAUUUUUUCAGCUUGGCUGAUUCGUCCCCACCAACAGGGGGAGUCAUGCUGGGAGAGGGGCUGUCAGGUGAAUUUGCAGAUUCCGCAAUGAUCUAGAUUGACGUCACAGCCCCUCAGUGGAGAUGCUGGGCCAUUUCUUGCCAAGCUGGAGGGGCAGCCACAUCAUUGCAGAGAUUCUGUGGGGACCCCCCCCCUUCUCUGUGGCUGGACUAGGAGAGGCCACCUUGCCGGGUUCUUAUGCUUCACCUGGUGAGCAUAAGACACCCACAGACCAUCCAAAAGGUCAGCGAGGCAGCCACCACCCAGUGAGUGGGUGACACUCUGGUCAGUACCACCUGCAGCCCCAGAACAGCUCACCAGGCUGGGUGACGCCCUGUCCCCUCCAGAAAACACAGGGCACACCUACCAUGUGACCGACACCACACCAAGACCCCCCCAGCCCCUCCUUAUAGCACAAAUGCAGCCCCAGAUGGUAAUUAAGUGAAUGUAGGCAGCUUGGGGACCUGUGGUCUAAAAGUUCAAAUGUUGAGUUGAGCAGUCAGGUGAGAUAGAAAAUUCUAGAAAAUCCAUGUGUUCAUGCCUGCAUGCAUUCAUCUCGUCCACAAAUAUUCACCCAGUGCCCAUUCGGGAGCAGUUCCUGCUGUAGAUAGAGAUGUCGGGGGGCCCAGGCUGUGUCCGAGGGAGAGGCUGGGGUCACCUGUGAAAUGACUCGUUGUGCCUAACAGUUAGGAAUGCUCAAAUCCACAAGAGAAUAAGUGACCUUGGAGGUGGCAUUGACCCCCCCCCCGCCCCCAAAUUCCCAGUCCGAGACGCUGCUAGACAGUUGGUGCUAGAUAGAUGCUUGGUGAGUGAGCGGCUUUGACUCUUAGUCACACUGUCCCUAAAACUCCUAUCUUUGCGUCAAAGCCCUGACCCAUUUGCCCCUGACGGACUAAAAUCCAGGACUGCUGCAGUGCCCUGCUCCAGCAGGCACUGUUUCUAUAGGCUGCAUCAUGCACAGCAACCUUGGGUUUGUGCAGUGAGGUGCCCCGUGAAUUGCCCCCUAAAAUAUGCAGGAUCCCAUCAAAGUCAGCAAAUCCCCAGGGAGGGUCUCCACGCACAUGAUGGAAAGUUACAGAUGACAUGGCCUCCGUGGGCAUCCAGUGUGGCCCCAACUGAAACCAAACUGGUGCCCGGAGAGACUCUCUUCUUGGAACCUCACCUCGACUCCUUCCUGCUUCUUCUCCAUCUUCCAGGUGAAAGCUAGUGGGAUAGUCAGUCCGAUGACGGAACCGCCAGAGUCUGGGUGACGGGCAGUCACGGAGCGGGGACGGCGAGGCUGAGGGGCUCAGUCACCCUGCCAAAGCAGGACCCCCAAGGUCAGUGCGACCUCCCCAGGCGUAGCUGGACAGGGGUGCAGCCGCCGUGGGACAGCCUCGUCUCCUGCUUACCCCCACUUCACGUGAGCGGCAUGGGUCUCUCUGAGAGCUGAUAACCGGGAAAACCAAAAACCAAUAUUAUUCCUAAUAAUAAUAAUAUAAUGUAAUAAUAAGAAGAAUAAUGUGUUUUACACGGACCGCUGUUGCACUGCUUUUGUCUUUCUAUACGGUAGUUUUUAUAAAGAUGUCCUUAGGUUUUAAUAAAGGAGUGUCACAUCACCUGUC